CAUAUAUUGACGGUGUUCCCACACGUGAGCUGUAUGAUAUCCCAUCACAUAGACUUUCACUUUAUCAAUUCUUCUUCCGCUCGCGUUUCACCCCCAAUCAAGCUGCUUUGCCCAGGAUGCCCGACAGACACUAUUAUUCCAGCGGCACAGCUGAUUCUGUCGUCUCCCGAUCGCCCUCGCGCUCUACCACUCAAAAGUCGACUCAGCCCCAAGCGCUCGUGCACCUGAAGAAGUUUAUUGUUAGGUUCCCUGAGCACGACAAUGCAGUCUCGGACGUUAUCGAGUCUGAUGGCCUUCACUAUACCUGGAAGCCGCUGAUGGAAGCCAAGGCCAUGAUCAAAGCACACCGUACCAAGAUCGAGGGCGAAUACGACUGCUCGUCGGUCAGUUGCAAUUCUCGCAAAUGGCACAGCUUCUGUCUUCCCGUCCACAUCCGCCACUAUGAAGGAAAUCGCUACGAUGCAGAAGUCUAUCCUCAGCUCUGCCAGAAGUGUAACAACUGGGGGAAGCCCAAUCCAUAUACCGAGUCGUACGUCAAGAGACUGUCGGAUUGCCUGAAAUACUGGAACUAUAUCCCUGUUGAGCGCCCGCUGCGCCUCAACCACACAGUCGAGCCUCAUCAAGAGCGUUUGUGCGGUGCCUGUCUUUCUGGCCAACCUUGUCGCCGGGCCCGUGAGUACUUUGACCUCGAUUUUCGCCCCGAGGAUCAUUGAGCGGCUCGAGCUUCGCUCCGGGCAUUGGUCGAGGAUUAAGGCGCAAACUACGUGGAGCACACCAUGAGAAUUGAUAUACAUCACCUCGAUGUGGAGGUGAUGGACGCCACUGCUCGGAGUGUGCUUGACGCGGCGUGCGCCUUAACAUUCGACCUGUUUCUGUGACCGAAACUCGUUGCGGUUCACCGUUGGGUAUGUCAUGUUGGAUCAGAUCAUUGUUGGCGAUGACUUGGAACUUGAGCCCGAUUUUCAAAAUCAUGCUCGAAAGGGUGUUCGGCUUCUUGUCAAAUGAGUGCAUACGCCCGGGUUGGCUCGUCAGCUUCAUUUCCUUUGUAGUACACGUAUCCAACGGCUCUUCAGCUUUUCUUUUGUAGCAAACUAUCCCU